AACGGCCAAGCAGUCAGUGCACCGAGAUGCGAUCAUCGAACUACACAAGCGUGCCGUUUCGACUUUCAAAUCGCUCAAUUGUGCACUCUGUUCGAUGCCGUACUCAAAAACGGCAAAUGAAGUAAAUACACCGACACAAAAGGAUAUGCAAUUUGGGAAAAAGAUGUCUCUUAAAUGCUCAACGGAUUUGUUCAAUGAUAUGCUUAUUGGAGGAGAUGUUUGUCCUACUUUUAACACUUACAUUGGUUGUCGAGCUCCUUACUAUCAAAAGGGAUGCAAUGAUUUCAAUGCUGGAGUUUUCUUUUGCAAUACGGAUCGAGUGGCUGUGAAUGCCUACAACGGAACUUGUGACACAAAGGGACUUCUCAAACAAUGUCCACCUUAUCGA